AUGAGGCUGCUGAACCCAUUGCUAAUAUUGCUGGCUUCGCCACUAUUCACGCCGGCCGUUACUGUCACCGAGGCGGCUAUCAUACCGAAAGGGAUAUCGUCGUUGUUGACAAACUCUAAGGUUCCCACACAAGAGGAGGUUUUUGUAGAGCACGGGCUGAAGCAGAAUGCGGGCGAUGUUGGCGGAAUCGUUGGUGCCAGUAGCAAUGGCGGCAACGUGAAUGGAGCAGGAGCUUCAGAUCGGAGGAGCAGCAGCGAAGUCCGGUCACCGCAGCCGGGGGCCAGUAACGCAGAUUUGGCUGCUCUCUUCAACUUCAACGAGGGGAGAACCGACUCUGCGGGCUCUUCGGGAUCCGCAGGGUCCAAGGGAUCCACAGUGUCCAGAAGACCGAUCAGGGCAAAAGUCUCCGCUCUAGAGCACUACAAGGAGACGUUCACGGACUUCUCGGCGGACUACGACAAUGAAAAGACCUCAGCGAUUCUCUUGUCAUCGAGGAUCAUCAAAAACAACACGUUGAAAAAGCUAGGAAUCAAGGGGAUCUCUUUCAAGUUGCCAAUUCUCGGGUCUGGGUUCCCGAAGAUGGUCAACGAGCCCUCUUUCCUCCCGGUGAACACGAACUCCGUAUUUCUUUUCAACUUGAAAGAGUCGAUUCAGUUGGACCAGACCAAAUUGUCCGGGUCAAUUCCCUUCGACCUCAAAGGGAACUUCAAGAUCGACGACUACAACAUCUUGAUUCCAAUAACGUACUUGCAGACGUUGAAAGUGUCCUCGGUCUUCUUGGAGGACUUUUUGAUUGCAUGCAGCGACCAGAUUCUGUACUACAACAGUCCAUUAGAGAUCGAUUCGCCGUUGUUGAUAACGGUCAUCAGCAAGUCGGAGCCAAAUUUGAAAAGCGCAGAGUUGGGAAACUCUGUCUCAUCGUCAUCUUUAUCGUCAUCCUCUUCAUCGUCGGCAUCCACCUCCAAGCUAUCAAGCUUGUUUUUCGAGUUGAUUUCGAAAAAUUGGCUACAGUCGUCCGUGAAAUCAAUUGACCUACUCCAGUCCACGUUUUGUUUCAUCAACAACGCCGAGCUGAAGGAAAAGGACAACAAUAAGAACAAAAGCAUCUGUUUGAGGAUAAACGAUGCCGAUAAGAGUAUUGACAUAACUCCCUCCUUUGAUUCAGAAAACAAGUUGAACUUCAACGAGAUUGUACCAUCGCUAUCGUCCUCCUUCCACGAAAAGAAUCAGAAGCGUGACGAAUACCCGACUUACCGUAACACUACGGGCAUCCCGGUGGAGAACCUGGAGGCGGAGGACAGUUCUUUCAAAAUACAGGUCGGCAACAACACAUUAACAAAGAACGGGAGGGCCUUUGAGAACGUCACCAAGUGCCGUGAGGAGGAAGAGUACCUAGUUCCGCAACAGCCUCUGAGCGACACGCUUUUCGGGCAAACCGAGCUCAUUGGCAUGAAGUCGUUCGCACAUGCGCCUGUGCUUGUUCUGCAGCCCAGACCCGCCAACUACAAACAGAUAUUAGACACGUCCGGUGAGGUGGAGAAGAGCUUCACCUUCUGA